UUGAAAGUAAGCUUACGUACUGUACGUGUUAUGCGGAAAUUUAUUUAACGUCAGAUCGAUGUGGUGUAAUUUUUAAGAAAUCCAUUUUUCAAUCAAAUGAUUUUCAUUCAGCAAAGUUGAAGAAGAAAACGCCAAGAAGAAGUGAAUUGUUUUACACAAUUUUCCGUUGAUUGUUUGUUAUCAAUAAAGUCUGUUUGGAUUGUAAAUGAUGUCGAAUAUUAGCCCUGCGUCAAAAAACGAAGGGAUUACUGACAGCUGCUGUGAUACGACAGUUAAACAAAGAGAAUGUAGUUUCUUAUGGACAAUUGACAGUUAUUCGACUCUCACAAACACCAGAUUUGAUUUUGAGUCCUCGGAAUUUUCAGCUAUUGACGAUAAUUUCAAAUGGCGUUUGGAACACAAAACCCAGACAUGGGGUAUUGAAAUCUACUUGCGCCCUGAUCUUGAUGAUCUUAAAAAGUACGGUGGCGUAUCUGUGAGUGCGGAAUUUGCUGUGAUGAAGCCCGAUAACACAAAAAUCUACACCAAAAUAUCUUCAUCUUCAUGCUGUGUGUGGAAUGAUAAUUAUAUCAAGUACAAGAAUGUGGGAAGUCUCGGCGACAUCAGCAAGGUGCUGCGGGAAUGGGUAUAUGAAGAUAAAUUGAAGCUUCUUUGCGAGCUUGUUUAUUUUAAAAAAACCGAUAUUGUCAAUCUUUCUUCCUCAUGCUGCUCAAAACCAGUUAAAAUUUCCGAAUCCAGCCUGUCAACGGACUAUGAACGAUUUUUCAUCGAUGAUGAUAAUUUUAAAGACGUUACGAUUUCCGUCAAAGGUAAAAAUUACCCAGUCCAUAAAACAGUUUUAGCUGCUCGCAGCUCGGUUUUCAACGCCAUGCUUAGGAACGAUAUGCAAGAAAGCCAGAAAAAUCAUAUCAACAUCGCAGAUAUAGAGCAAGAAACGUUCGAAGAAAUAUUGCACUACAUUUAUACCGGGAAGACGACAAAUUUGGAAGAAUCGGCCUUCGAAUUACUACCUGCAGCGGAUAAAUACGAUCUAAAAGAACUGAAGACUAAGUGCGAAGAAGUCUUGUUUCGGAAAUUAUCAAUUGAUAAUGCUGGGAGUAUUUUAAUAUUGGCAGAUAUGCAUCAUGCUGAAGACUUGAAGGCCCAUGCACUGCGAUUCAUCAAAGCAAACCAUUCCGAAUGUGAGGAUUUCAAAGAAACAGAAGUUUGGAAUAUUGUAACUAAGUCUCAUCCUCACUUGAUGGAAGACUUGCUGGAUGUUAUUUUCUGUAAACGUAGGAAAUUAUCGUAAAAUGAAAAGUAUGGACCAAGAUAGAACUCGCGUUUGUUUUUUUAUGGUAUAUUACUUAUUACCUAUUAAUAUCAUUUGCUCUUAAUGCAGAGGUAAUGUACUUAACGUGGUCCUUCGGUGCUUGAGGGUUGCGUUUCACUUAUCAAGGCAGAGAAUUUCAAUCUUUUUUUUUUCGUGUUCAAAAGUGCUAAAGUAAAAACUUUUUGCGCAGAACGAUUAAUAUUAGUUUGUUUAAUAUAAUAAAAUAUUUUAAAAUAAUAAAAACAUUAUAUACGUAAGUACAUUUGUUUAGUUAUUUUGGAAGAUGUCUAGAAUGACUGUUUUAAAGACAUUUCUCCGCAAUAACUGAACAAAAUUGGAUGAUUUUUGGAUAUGUUGUUCAUGAAAGUGCCCUUGAGGCUGCUACGUUGCCCUUUUUUUUAAAUUUGGAAUUUUCAUUCCAAAUUUGAAAAAAAGGGCAACGUAGCAGCCUCAAGGGCACUUUCAUGAACAACAUAUCCAAAAAUCAUCCAAUUUCAUUCAGUUUUCACGGAGAAAUCCCUUUAAAACCGAACGGAUAUCUUGAAAUUUAACACUUACAAAAAAGAGCUAAAAAUUCUUAAUAUACAGUUAUUUAAAUGCUUUAAAAUAUUUCAUCUUAUUAAUUACCUACACAAUACACUAGCGAUUUGAUCGAUUACAUUUUCAAUUUACUGCACUUAAGCACGAAAACGAACAAAAAUAAUUUUUGUUUCAGAUGCGCCUUGAGCCCAUUGGUUAUACUACGAUUAAAAAACGUAACACCCGAAGGACCACAACUUCUUAUUUGUCUAUUUUUCUGAAAUGAGGAGGGGGAUGGUCGUACUACAGCUCAAAACUUUGAAAUACGCAAUAAAAUUUAAUUUUCUUCGAGAGGUGGGUCCCAAAAUUUCGAAAAAUGCAAUAGAUAUGGACAGGUAUUUAUCGAACAGGGGAACUUUUCCACCUCCCCCCAAGUUGUUACCUCAGGAUGAGAAAAUGCUUCCAUAUUUUUUAUUUGUCAUCCUAUCUGCAAAAAAGUAGUCCCAGUAGCCCCCACCCGGUUGAAAUUUCACUGUGGGACUCUGAAGGAUUAAUUUUUGCUUUUUAUACUCGAUCAUCUAGUCACAAUUUUGAUUAUUUGUUUACUGGGUCAUUCCACGUCAAUUGAACCAAGAAGUGGUAGGGGGGUUCGGCGAUUUUUUUGAAAUUUUUUCUGUGGAAAGACCUUCCGAAGAGAUGGCCAAUGGCGCAAAUCGCAGCCCUCUAGCCCAUUUUUAAAGGCAGCCAGGGGGUGUCAAAGUUUUCAAUGGACCUAAAAUAUUAUCCAUUUCAGCAGUGGAUUACUCGAUAAUCGCGAUACCUACCAAAAUGGAACAUUUUCCCAUAGUUAAGGGUUUUGAAAGGAUUUUUGGUGAUAUCAUAAAAAUCAGUGUUGCUACUUUUAUUCGCACAAAAAGUUAGCUCAAAAAGUUUCAAAACGUAGUUUUCAUAUCGUUCCGACUCUCAAAAAUUCUGAAAAAAAUAUAUUAUGGACAACUUUUCAUGCUGAACAACAUAUUGAAAAAUUGGGAUGGUAACAUGUUGCAAAAUCAAUUUUAAAAAAUUUAAAGUUUGCGAAAAAAUGCAAUUUUUUGAAUUAAAACAUGAAAAAAGUUCUGAUAGGUGAAGUUGACUCAUUUGAUCCCUAUUUUUACAUAUCUGUUGAAAAAGUUGAAAAAAACCUUUCACUCGAUGAAAUAAACUCCUCACAAGAAAAUCAAAAUUCAAAAAAAUUCAAUUUUCGAUUUCAAACAUCAAAAAAAAUUUUAAUUUAUUCAGUUGUCUUAUUUUGACCUCCAUGAAAAAGUUGAUAAAAAUUACACUCACAACAAAAAAAUAAAAAUUCGUUAAUUUUUUGAAUUUUUUCGAAUUUUGAUUUUCUUGUGAGGAGUUCUUUUCAUCGAGUGAAAGGGUUUUUCAACUUUUUCAACACAUACGUAAAAAUAGGGGUCAAAUGGGUCAACUUCACCUAUCAAAACUUUUUUUCAUGUUUUAAAUCAAAAAACCGCAUUUUUCGCAAACUUUAAAUUUAUUAAAAUCGACUUCGCAACAUGUUACCAUCCCAAUUUUUCAAUAUGUUGUUCAGCAUGAAAAGUUGUCCAUAAUAUUAUAUUUUUUUCAGAAUUUUUGUGAGUCGGAACGAUAUGAAAACUACGUUUCGAAACUUUUUGAGCUAAUUUUUUGUGCGAAAAAAAGUGGAAACACUGAUUUUUAUGAUAUCACCAAAAAGCCUUUCAAAACCCUUAACUAUGGGAAAAUGUUCCAUUUUGGUAGGUAUCGCGAUUAUCGAGUAAUCCACUGCUGAAAUGGAUAUUAUUUUAGGUCCACUGAAAACUUUGACACCCCCUGGCUGCCUUUAAAAAUGGGCUAGAGGGCUGCGAUUUUCGCCAUUAGUCAUCCCUUCGGAAGGUCUUUCCACAGGAAAAAUUUCAAAAAAAUCGCCGAACCCCCCACCACUUCUUGAUCCAAUUGACGUGGAAUGACCCUCCUGGAACAUUAGGAACGAACCACACAGUAUCUGAGCAAAAAUUUCAAAUACACCCGAUGAAAAACAUUGAUGGUUCUGUAGUUUUUCAAGAUUUUGAAUUUUCCGAAAUGUUCAAAAAUCGCAAAAGUUCUGAAAUAAUUAACUAUUCGUUUUCGACGUACAGUCAAUUUUCUCAAUUGUCUCAAAUCACCUGAUGUUUGAAAAUACCCUAAAAAAAAACAGUAUUCAAAAUUUUAGAAUAUGUACACCUUAGCGUCUUCAUGUGUAUGUACCUAAUGAGGUCAUUUCCUUCUAAAUUACAAUGCUGUGGCUCGUCACUUCGAGGACAUCUGAUUUUCGUAUAAAGGAAUCUUUCUUUUUUUUUUCAAUUUAGGCAUUUCUGAUUUAAGAGAUCUAAGUAUAAGUAAACUUUUAUUCAUGUGAUGAUGCGUGUUUUUUGUCGAAUUGAUUGUGUCAACUCAGGUACAUUUUUUGCAGGGAAAUUGUGAACACCAUCAAAUUUUUUCAAAACGAACAAAUUAUAAUGAAAGAUAUACGUUCUCUCGUUUCCUUAUGUAAAGUGAGAGUUGCAAUUUUCCCAAUAUCUAAGUACUUACCUAUUCUGAUUAAGAUAAUUAUGUCGAUUAAGUACAUAUUUAUGCACAUGAU